AUGCUGAAAAGCAAUUCAAUACCGAUGCUUCUUGUUGGUCUACAUUCUGUGACUUGUGACUCAAGUUACCCAGAACACCUCGCAAACUCGGUAAGCAAUACCGAUACCACUUUGCGCGCUCGGUUGAGGAAAUCGAGAUUGCUUUCCCCUCCACAACAUCUAUUUACAUAUUUUCUCUUUUCACACGGGGCCUUUUGGAUUGCCUCCUCGGGUUUUGGCCCAAAGGCCAUAACCCUGCGGGCACAAUUUAUUUCCAUAAAUUUACGUCCUCACGUUUUCGCCGCUACCUGCACUUCCAAACAUUUACCGUCACUCAUAUGCACUUGCCUUAAAAAUUGCGGACCUUUAGACUGCUUUACUAAAAGUACAGAACUACAUUUUUCUCAGUAUGGACAAGCAGGAAGUCACUUUGCUUGUCUUGUUAGACCUCUCUGCCGCGUUCCACAGUGUAGACCACUCUAUCUUGGCUAAUCUACUCGAAAGCGACUUUGGCAUUAGUGACUGCGCUCUCUCUUGGAUUAAAUCGUUCAUGCACGGGAGGAAGCAACUUGUAACCAUCGAACAGGAACAAUCACGAGGAAGCUGCUUAGGAGCUUCAUUAUUCAUAAUGUACACUUCUAGGUUGUUUCACGUGAUAGAAAAGCACCUACCGUCGGUGAAAGUCUUCACAGACUACACGCAGCUCUAUCUUUCGUUUCGUCCUACGUCUUCAGUCUCUCAAGAACAAGCCAUUUGAGCUAUGGAGGAAUGCAUUGUUGAUGUCCGUGCCCCAUGGGAUGUGUCAUAACAUGCUGAAGCUUAACGACAGCAAAACGGAACUUCUGAUCAUCGUUUCACGUCAGGAACUCGUCAAAAUAAAUGUUAACUCUGUACAAGUUGGCACUUUCGAGAUUGUAUUAGCCUCGUCUGUUCGCAGUCUCGGGGCGUGGUUUGAUAAGAAUACGUGAGUGCAUGCGCACACUGGGAAGGUCUGUAGUAAGGCCUUCUUCGGACUUAACAAGAUCAGGCAAAUAAGGAAAUUUAUAUUGGAUGAUGCCACCAAAACACUGGUUCAUGCAUUCGUCACGUCUCACGUCGACUAUUGCAACUCCCUGCUUUAUGGACUGUCACAGUACCAACUUAACCGUUUACAGCGUGCCCUUAAUGCCGUAGCGCGCGUCACCUGCCAUCUCUCAAAGUAUUCUCAUAUCACCCCUGCGUUGCUCCAACUCCACUGGCUUCUUGUUGCCUCGCGGAUCAGAUUUAAGAUCGUGCUGUUGGUUUACAAAGCGCUUAAAGGCUCCUCUCCAUCUUACACAACUGAGCUGCGACACAUCAAGCCUCCGAGUCGCCACGCAUUGCGUAACGACGAUCAACACCUCCUCUUGGUCCAACGAACUAAAUGGAAAAGUCUGCCACUAGCAAUUCGUAAUUCAGCAAACGUAGAUUCCUUUUCAAAGUGAAUUUGAAAACUUAUUUUAUUUAGGCAAGCAUAUGAACAUUUUUAAUAGUUUUUGAAUUUUUAGUUCUGAUCUAUACAAACAAGCCAGGUUAUUCUACUUUUAUUUAAAUUAUAUGAUAUUUUUAAAGCGCAUUAGAAUAUUGUUAUAACUUAUAGCGCUAUAUAAGUUCAUUAAUUAAGUUAAGUUGAGUUAAGUUAUGUCGGAAGACGACUACGAGUAAGAAAUUUUCGUUCUGAGCACGCGCAAAUUGUUUAAAUGUGCAAAAAAAAUUGUCCCUUAGUCUUAGAUUACGAUUACAGUUUUGCUACAAAAAGCUGUAACCUUAUUAAUUAUUGAUUACCCUCUCAUAUGCCUGUGUCUUGUUGUUUGGCUACAGUACUCAUGUGCCCGUCUCUCAGUGUUUACAUGUGUCUCAGUGUUUUUAAACACUUAUCAUCUUUUAGGUUUGAGUCCUUUUUGCUAUAUCUGGGUUGCACUGUUACUAUCAGCUAAAUUCACGAUUCAUUUACUGCUCACGUGCCUGACAUGCGCUGUUGUUUUGUCCGCAGAAUGCCCUUGUUUUUGUCUGUUACAAAUUUAAAUGCUUCGGCGACGCCAUAAUUUCGAAAGAAAAUUGUCUUUUAUAUGCAAGAAUUGUGCAGAAUUGUAUUGUGCAGCCAACUUACCGUAAAUCCUCCUAUUAAACCCCCCCUUGAGAGGGGGCUUAUUUAAUUUCGCGAAACGCAUUACCGGACUUGAAUUACGGUUCCCUUCUUCGUGUUUUGGACCAGAGCAAUCACUGUCUAUGGAGAUUUGGAUGAUACAAGGUAUUUGCAACAUUUUUAUUCAAUUGCGGGAACCAAACCCGAACUUCCAGCACGUGAAUAAACCAUUUAAGCAAUAGAGGACGUCUUCCGUGUUUCUCCCAACUUCCCCGAGUGUUUAAAUGAGGCUAUGGAAACACGGAAAAAAGUCCUCUUUUGCUUUUAUAAAAUAUUUCUCAAAGAUAAUUCGACAAAUGAAGGAAGCAAAUGAACGAAAAUUCUUGAUUUAAACCGAUUUUCUUGAUACACACUCAUAUUUCCUACCAGCCAAUCAAAACGCGCGUCUGACGGCUUAUAACCAAUCAAAAUUAGUUUGAUGUCACAGCCGUGUUUCCAUACUCUUAUCUUAACACGGCUAUUGACCAAUGAGAGUGCACGUACUAUCCUAAUUAGUUUAUAAACCGGAUCAGUCCACAUGAAGUGUUGCUGUCGUGAUUAAUAGGCAUGCCUGCUAAGUACAUGAAUUUAUUUUUCCAGAAACAAAAAGAUGCAGCUUAAAAUAUACUACCACGCCGAUUUUCGUAAGUUUAUCGUUUUAAACUGGUGUUUUUACAGUUGAAAGAAAGUAUAAGGAUUUGUGUGGGAAAAGGGCGCUUUGCCCUCCACUCACGCUUCAAUGAUGUUCAUACAAAUCCCUGUAUUUUCCCAAGUUUUCAGAUCGCUUUUAAUUUUUUCUUCGCUGAUUGACAGUCUGAAAAUUUCCACCCUUGCACAUUUAUUCUCGCUUAUUUGACCUUUGGUAAGAGUAGGAAUCUUAACUCUGUUUUUGGCGCUUAAUUAUGGAAAAUUCCAGUGGAGGACGAAAGCUUUUCGUUCGUAAAGUAAAGUAUGGAAAUUUCGAGUGUGGGUUAAAUGAUUAUAAGAUCUCUACCUUAGGUGGUAUUUCUCUGAAAAUGUGUGUUCUGGCUAAGUCAAACACAGUCUUUCCAUUCCUGGAAUUUAUAAAGCCCGAGUCACGUCACUAAUUGUUGCAAAAGGCCUAUUAAUGCAGUCUAUUAUUUAUUGAUUUGGUUAUGACGGACAAGGUUGGAGGGAAGGGGCGGGCUUAAAACUUUCUUCUUCUGAAAAGGAGGGGCUCAUUAUCUAAAUGCGAUGAACUUUCUAACUUUCAUUUAAAGCAAAUCAAAUAUUGGUUGUUCCAUGAGUGGGAAAACCCAAAGUAGUGGGGAAAAUUUGUCAGAGCAGACAAGAAAAGCAAGCUCAACCCGCGGCCGAAUUUGACGUUGUGCGCGCCCCUCCGACACCCCCACCCCAGAUGCUGGGACUCAUGGUUUGGUAUAGGGCAUAUGUUUCAACAACUUGCCAACCCAUCUCCCCUUGUGAUUAUGAUGACAACGAGGGUGACAACAGAAGCGACGAUGAAGGUAGAAUACAAGCAGUUCCUCUUUUGCCGCUUAGUCGAGCUCAAGGAGAAAGAUGA